AUGGAUUCCGGAGAGCACCGCGAGAACCCUUCGCCCUGCGCCAGCGGCUGCGGCUUCUUCGGCAGCCCCGCGACUCGCGGCCUGUGCUCUCGGUGCUACCGAGACGUCUGCCUCAUGGAGCAGCUCGAGAAGAUGCGGCCGCCUUCGGCCGCUGCGGAGUCCGAUGCCGGGAGCCGGAAGGUCGCGGCCUUGCCGUCCUCCUCCUACCCGAGCGAGGAGCCCCCGAAGGCGGCGGACCGGUGCGGGAAGUGCAAGAAGAAGGUGAGGCUGUGCGCGAGGUUCGAGUGCCGGUGCGGGAGCACGUUCUGCGCGGCGCACCGCCUCCCGGAGACGCACGAGUGCGCGUUCGACUACAAGGCGCAUGGCCGCGCGGCGAUCGCCGAGGCCAACCCCGUCGUCGUGAAGGACAAGCUACGGAGGAUCUGA